UGUACUGCACACUUAAUACUGAGAUAUUCGUAAUGGGCCCAGAAGAGAAAGCUGCUACUAUAUUUAAUGGCACAUUUGUUCGCCCUGCAAAAUUCUAUCUCAGUGGGUUUUCCAACAUCCCUCAUGUUAAGUAUUACUAUGUCUUCCUGUGUUUUGUCUAUAUCAUGACUGUCAUUGGGAAUGGCCUCCUUCUGUCAGUUAUUUACCUGGUCAAGACUCUACAUACUCCUAAAUACAUGAUUGUGUUCAACCUGGCUUUGACAGAUAUGUGUGGGAGCACUGCUCUCAUCCCAAAACUCUUAGACACAUUUUUAUUUGACAGGACAUACAUUGUCUAUGAGGCUUGUUUAAGUUACAUGUUCUUUGUUUUAUUCUUUGGAAGUGUGCAGUCAUGGACACUUGUCACAAUGGCAUAUGACAGAUUUAUAGCAAUUUGCUUCCCUUUAAGGUAUCAUAGCAUUGUAACUACACCAGCUAUUGCUAUGAUGUUGCUGUUUGUGUGGUUCAUUUUACUGAGUGUAAUAGCGUGCAUGGUUGGGUUUAUUAAUCGCCUCUCCUUCUGUAGCUCUUUGGUGGUAAAGAGCUUUUUCUGUGAUCAUGGACCAGUAUUUAGUCUGGCCUGUAAUGACAUGUCUUUAAAUAAUUUAAUGGCACGUGUCGCUUUCAUUAUAAUCCUCUGUAUUCCUCUUGUAUUGAUAGCAGUGACAUAUGUUUGCAUUUCCAUAGCACUGAGCAGGAUUGCAUCGGGAGAGAAACGAGUCAAAGCAUUGAAAACUUGUACUUCUCACCUGAUUCUUGUGGCUAUUUUCUUCCUACCAGUUCUGAGCACCAACAUAGCUACAUUGGCCUCUUACAUCCAUCCUAAUGCCAGGAUCAUAAACUCCUCUUUGACCCACACCUUACCAUCUUUGCUCAAUCCCAUUAUAUACUCUUUAAAGACAGAAGAAGUGCUGAACUCUAUCAGGAAGCUUUGCAAAAGAAAUAGGAUUAGCAACAUAACCUUAUCUAAGAAGGUGAACUCUAUCACUGCUAUAAUGACACAUUAAGGAGAGUUACAAUCGUGUUUUGUAACUUUUUACAACUACAAAACUAUUAUGUGUAAGCACUAUAAUUUCACUUUUUGAAAUGGUUAUCAUUUGGCAUUUUGUAAUUUACUGUGUUUUGCUAUGUAACAAGACCAGAUAAAAUAGUUUGACUAUAUUGCAUUAGCCAUACAAUGAUUUUCUGCGAAAAAUGAAAUCAGGGAAUUCAGUGUGUUGUGUGUGUACUGUACACUGCUUAAGAUAACAAUUAUUUUGGACAAAGAUGCAGUACAUCAUUUUGUGUGCAUCUGUUAAAUUUUUGGAGACAUAUUAGUAGGUUGGAGCUCUCAAACAGAGAUAUUUGGUUAGAUUACAUAUACAUUAGUAUCCUGGUUUUGAGCAUUAUCUUGAUUUUGAUCAGAGCUACAGUGAUUAAUCAAUUAAUCGACUAGUUAAAUGACAGAAAAUGAAUCAGCAACUAUUUUGAUAAUAAAUUAAUUGUUA